AUGAUACGUCGAAGCAUGAAGUGGUCAAGUGCACUGAACAACAGAAGCAACACAACCAAUGUUCCUGUUGUUGCACCAGGUGUUUUGCGAUCCUUAUACCGUAUGCUACUUAGAGAAGUGAAAAAAUUAGACGAUUCUCCCGUCUCAAAGACUUUGUUUCCACUUAAUAAGGAGCUACAAAAUAUCACAAAAAGCCAUGGUCCUCUUUAUGUUCCUAAUGGAGUAAAAUAUAUGAAAGUUCUGCGUGAUGUGUUUCGUGAUACAAAAUCUCCUGGUAAUGUGAAUUUAGCUUUUGAUACGUUAACACGUCUCCGAGCGCACAAUGAGAAAGUUACCGCAAAAGUUCCUGUUUUUAUGAAGGACCAUACUCCUUUAAUUAAUACAAUGAAAGCGUCUCAGCCAAAAAAAGGUAUCUACCGAGCUGAACCUAUUAAAUAUACAAUUAACAAGGGCCCUAAGUAUGCCCCUCUUGUUGGUUCUACGUUUUCUGUUCCUACUAAGGUCGUUCUGCAACAAACUCAAACUGUUGAUCUUGCAGAAGGUGUGGCCUUAGUUGCCCAUCCUCUUUCUUCAACGCAUGUGGAUCGACGUGUGUUGCUAAUUACAGAGCGUAAUCAUCAUGUUACUACAGCUGUUGUACUAGACAUGAUGUUUACUUACCCCCUUUCUCGUGGGAAUCCUAUGUUCCCUGAAGUGUUCUGGGGUCAUGAAGUGUAUGAUGGAGGUUUUUCACAGAUUGGCUUCACUAUGCCUCCUACAGCGCAGAUUAGUAUUCUUCAUACUACUAAACCUCCCACAGAACCAGAGUCUUCUCAAUAUCUUGCUUGGCUUAAAUGGAAAGAUACCAAAUCAAAAUCCAAAACGGCAGAAACUCCUGCAGAACAUCAUUCUUUAUUAUGUAAGCCUCUUAUUCGUGGUGGGAUUUUAGAAGAUGGUAGUGAAGAACCAACGCUAUAUUUAUCAAAAGUAGAGGCACUUCCAUAUUUGGCUCAAUUGUUGCCAGGUAAACCACGAUCCUCCCUUCGGGUAUACUGGGGUAGCAUGCGAUGGCCUACACAACAACUUGAGACUGAGGUGGCGAACGGACAUUGGAUUCCUGUUAAGCUUUCUCCACAGUUCUUUGGACCAUAUCCAUUAGUACCAGAAUCUGGAAAAGUGGAAAGGUUUCCUACAAAGGAAGAGUUGGAAGAAGCUAGGGUAACACGUGAACGACGAUAUGGUGUAGAUAUUUCCCUGCCACAAGUUUUUCCUCCGGAUCAGAUCCUUCGACGUCGUGAAUGUUUGUGGGACCAAAUUAUGUAUAGUCUUGGAGGAGAAUUCAGUGCUUUGGUAGGAUGUGUGAAUCCUUUCUCAGGAACCACACGUGGAGUUUUACCACUAGAAGUCUCAGGACCCUCUGUAAUGAGUGAAGCUGUGGCUGCCGUUGAUGAUGAUGAUGAUGAUGAUGCUUCAGCUGAAGGGGACACAAUAUUAAUGGAAAGUGAUGAAACAGGGGAAGAAGAAGAAGAAGAGGGGGAAGAAUAUGGGAGCAGUGAUGAUGACCACGAUGUCCAUAAUCUCGUAUUUAGUGAUAAGACGGAGGUAGAGAAAGGGUCAACGCCACGUCUAGUGGAGGAAGACGAGAAACCAUCAGCUGUGGUUAAACCUGUUGGAGAAGAAAAAAAAAAUGACAAAGAAAAAGAAUAA